ACUGUAAUUAACAUAAAGUUUAAAAGAGGCCCACUCAUCAACAAAUAGAAAUUGUGAAUCUGCAAUACCUUUUUGUGUUCCAUAUCUAGGAUUGUCAGAUCAAUCUAUAAGUACUUCAAAAGAAUCAAAACUUGUCUGCAGGUCAAUGAGGAAAAGGAUGAUGAGGCCCAUCUCUAAAUGCACAAAAAAACUCAAGUUUAUGCAGAGCUUAUUUAGCUAUAAUUUGAGUAGCAGAAGGGCAAAAACAACUGUGACAUCAGGUUCAAUGAGAAAAAGGAUGAUGAGGCCCAUCUCUAAAUGCACAAAAAAACUCAAGAGUAACAACUACAAGAAGGAUUGGAUCAGUCUGCUGCCUGAUGAAAUUAUUGUUUCUAUUGUGUCUCUUCUGGGAUAUAGAGAAGCGGCACGCACUUGUGUACUCUCGAAAAGAUGGGAACAUGUAUGGACAUACUCAUAUAACAGGGUUCUAAACUUUGAUGCUUCAGAAACAUUUUUUGCUCUUGAAUCGGGACAAAAAGUAGUGGAAGUAGAAAGAUGUAGGUACAUAAGUUGGGUGAACAAAGUGGUGGAGUCUUUUCGUGGCUCAACCAUAGAUGAGUUUAGAGUUUGUUUUUGUUUGAAUAUCUCUUCUAGUCGUGUCAUUGAUAGAUGGAUUGAGUUUGCAAUAGCAAAGAGUGUUCAAAGGCUCGAGUUGGACUUGGAACCAUGCGACAGAAGUUUUUGGGACGUGGGUGAAGGAUAUGCUUUUCCAAACCAGAGUUAUUUUCACAUCAAAAGUCCUGCUGGUUUAUCCAGCAUUAGGUCCCUAAAAUCCCUCUGUUUGAAGGAUCUGAAUAUAAGCGGAGAAAUUCUCGAAUACUUCCUUUCCAAUUGUCCUCUUCUUGAAUCUUUACAUGUAGAAAGCUCAGACCAUUUAGUGAAUUUAAAAGUUUUUGGUUCCUCACUUCGGCUGAAGUUUUUGGAGAUUUCCAAAUGCCCCCUUCUAAAUGAUCUCGAGGUUUGUGCUACGAGUCUUGUGUCAUUUAAAUAUUUUGGACUGGGUGGAAAAGUAAAUAUGCAAAUUAAAGAUGCAUUCCAGCUUGUUGAGGUGUCUAGUUCAGAUUCCAUUGAGCCAAUAGACAACGCUCUUUUCCAAUUUUCAAGCUACUUUUCGCAGCUCGAGACUCUCUCAUUGGGAAUUGUGAAAGAGGGUUAUGUAUUCCGGCAACUUCCAAAAUUUACGAAGCUCAAGCACUUGACAUUGCAAGUUGCGGCUGGUGAUUUUGAAAGCCUUCUUGGUUGGACCAACUUGAUACAUGCAUCGCCUUUGCUGAAUAAAUUUAAAUUGCAGUUAUUAUAUUUCAAGAGUUCUGUAGAAGUACAAAGAAGAAUGCGUAAAGCUUGGAAGCGCCCCCAUCAAUGCCUAAAGGAGGUGGAAUUGGUUGGGUUUGUUGGCCAUCUUAUUGACCUUGAGCUUACCCAAUACUUGAUUAAAAAUGCCGUCAUGUUGGAGAAGAUUAUUAUUGAUCGUCACUUUACAAGUUUUUCAAGCAGACGAAGACCAUCGAUGUUUGAGGAAACUGAGGAGAAACAAUAUGCAAAAGAACGUGCUAUGGAGCUCAAAGCGAGUCUACCUGCAGGAAUCGAAAUGGUUAUUAUUUAAUAGGAUAAUUUAAAUUUUUUAUUUGCAAAUUUUUCGAGCCCCGAGAGUUUAUUUGUAACUAUUACUAAUCAAUGUUAUAUACGUCGUGGCUGGAGAAUGGUAGAAGUGGUGAUACUAUAUGCUCUGGAUUUAUGCUGGGAUUUUCAGAAAAAAGUUUCAAAUUGUUGAGUGCUGAUUCAGGCAAAACAGUUGCACUGGUGUGGCCUUUUUGGCUGGAGCCGCAGACAAUGUGUCUGACUGCCAACUCCUUGGUGGGCAAAACCAUGUUUGAUAAGGUCCAUUUGCUGAAGUUGAGUUUUAUUCGACCAACACUUCAAUGAGAAUUACGUACUGUCUGAGAAAAUUAACCAUUUUACAUGGACCCAAACAGAGCCUAAGAUAAUGAAGAAAAAACUCCGUUGGUACCAUCUCUACUCUCAAAUGUUGUGUUCAACGACAAUAUUGUAUU